UUGCUUUCUCCUUUCUUCUUCCCCUUCCUCUUCCCUCUCCCCACUGUGUGAAAGAAAGGUUUCAACACUAAGCAAAGUUCUCCCCUUUUCUUUAUUGCCCUUCGUUUUCUCCCAUCUCCUCUUUUAUCUACUUUUCUCAUCUCUCUCGGCUCACCCUUUUCGAAAAGUCUCCAUCUUUCAUCAUCUCCUUUCCCCCAUAACAUUCUCUCUCUGCAGAACCCUCUGCGCCAUCAACAAACAAACAAAGAAACCCUUCUGCCUUUUUCCUCUGCAUAACCCUCUCUUCAAUCCUUUUUGUUCUCUUCUGGGUGUUUCUUUAAUUUAAUCAGCAGGGGUUCAAAAGGGUAGAAGGUUAUCUAGAAGAGAACUAGUGAAGAGUUAUGUGGGAGGAGAAACAGCCACUUAGAUCAUCUCCUUUCAGAGAAUCCCUCAAAGCCCUUGAAGCUGAUAUUCAACAUGCCAAUACCUUGGCAGCUUCUCUCCCGGGAGAUUAUGGUGGGGAUUGUGUACAGAUGAGGGUUUCAUACAGUCCAAUUGCUCCCUACCUCCUGUUCUUGGUUGAGUGGAUGGAUUACAGUUGUACUGAUGCUCUCCCGAGCUACUUAGGCCUGCUCCAUAUUCUUGUUUACAAGGUUUACAUUGAUGGAGUGCCGACUUUGUCUUCUAAAGAGAGGAAGGCUAGCCUAAGGGAGUUUUAUGCCAUUAUAUAUCCUUCACUCAGGCAGCUCGAAGGUCAGUUUGUGGAAUCAGAAGAUACCCACAAGAGAAGUCGGGGCAAUGAAGUCUUAACCAGGAAGAGAGCAGAGGACAGGAGAAGGCUAGCCGAUAAUAAUGAAUUCGAGCGAGAUGAUGAAUGUGGGAUAUGCAUGGAGAAUGGUGGGAAAAUGGUGUUACCAAAUUGUGGGCACUCCUUGUGCAUGAAUUGCUUCCACGAUUGGAACUCAAGAUCACAGUCCUGCCCGUUCUGCCGCGGCAGCCUCAAAAGAGUGAGGUCUAGAGACUUGUGGGCUCUAAUUACCAAUGGUGAGAUAGUCGAUGCUGCAACUCUAGCGAAAGAGAACCUUAGGCGUUUCUAUCUUUAUGUCGAGAAUCUUCCCCUUGUGAUGCCCGAGACCCAUGCCAUUCUGUUCGAUUAUAUGAUCUGA